AUGUCUAACCCGUUAACAUCAGAUUCACUUAGAGAUAUAAUUGCAGCAAGAUUACAGGCAAACUUGGUUCAAGUUGAAGAUAUGUCUGGUGGCUGUGGGCAAGCAUUUGCUGUCAUAAUUGUAUCACCUGUAUUUCAAGGUAAAAACAAAUUGGCAAGACAUAGAUUAGUCAACACUCAAUUGAAACAAGAAAUAGCGAGUAUACAUGCAUUCACUCAGAAAAGUUUUACUCCUGAGGAAUGGAUUUCACAAGGCGGUCAACUAUAA